UCUCUCAAUCUGUGCUCAAUCAAUUGUCUCCUGUUCCUCCCGCAGGGAAGAUAGAUAGAGUAAUUCAUAAUUCGUGUUAUCCCUACGAUAUGCAAUUUUUAUGUUUAAUUGUAAUUUUCGGUAGUGAUUUAUCUCCGUGUGGUGUGUGUGUGUGUGGGUGCGUAGUUAGUUUUGAUUUUGACUGUGUGGUGAAGAAGCAAGCGUAGCAGCAGAAAGGACAAGCAUCGAAAAUUCAGUGGCACUGUAAACGUUAGGUGUAAUUUCCAUCUUUAAUUGUGGGCCUGCGUGGUGAGAAAUUCGUAGGGAUGAGUGAUGGAUAGCGAUUUGGUUGCUCCUAUUAUCCAUUCGAGACUUCUCUGGGGGUUUCCUUUCCACGUUUCACAUUCUCCCACUGGUGCCCUAGUUCAUGUCAAAUUGAGGUCACUACCAUCACCACCACCACCAGUUGCAAUUGUGCAUCGUUUUCCCUAGAUUCCUUUUCACCGCUGGCAUUUAUUGAACACUUUGAUAUUUUUGUGUGUGAGGCUAGGCUGGGUGGUUUUGAUUUUUCUAGAUAUUUUCCAAUUGUCCGACUGAAUUUAUUGCUUUUGUUCUUCUUCACUAGGGCCAGCAUUCAACAGACCAUCACUUCAAUUUGGGGGGAAAAUCAGCAGUGAAUUCACUAGCUUUUGUUUGCCUCUCUGAUUCUAUGUAAUCUUUGUUGCAGUUAAUAUUCUUACUCAACUUUUCACUCGACUGUUCUUGGAGACUCUUAUCUCCUUUUCAGCUUUAGCUUUUAGCUUUCUGGGUAUACAGUUCUAGAAAGUAUUCCAGAUCCAAGCUUUUUUUAAGCUCAGUAGAUUAAUUUGAAGUGUCGAAGAGAGGUUUGUGUGUUUUCCCUUUUCCACUUUCCAUUGUUGCUGACUUUUUAGAGGAUAGAAGGAUACCUAGUGUUGAAUUUAAGUGAGUCUAGAUGCCAUCGGAUGAAUCGAACAAUUCGAAGUGGAGUUGGGAACAGGAUAAGCAAUUUGAGAAAGCGAUAGCUACUUAUCCUGAGGAUUCAUCGGAUAGAUGGGAAAAGAUUGCAGCAGAAGUUCCUGGAAAAUCUGCUGAAGAGGUUAAACGCCACUAUGAGCUUCUAGUCGACGAUGUCAACAGGAUAGAAUCUGGAGUUAUAGAGUUGCCGUGUUACAGCUCUUCUUCAGAUGGGUCGACUAGUAAUGGUGGCGAUGAAGCAAAUGGUAAGAAAAAUGGUAAUUCAGGUCGCUCAAACGGUGAUGCUAGCAAUGGAGGCAAGUCUUCGAGGUCAGAUCAAGAACGCCGCAAGGGGAUUGCUUGGACAGAGGAUGAGCACAGGUUGUUUCUCCUCGGCUUGGACAAGUAUGGGAAAGGCGACUGGAGAAGCAUUUCCCGGAACUAUGUGGUAACAAGAACUCCUACCCAAGUGGCGAGUCAUGCCCAGAAAUAUUUCAUCCGCCUCAACUCUAUGAACAAGGACAGGAGACGGUCAAGCAUCCAUGACAUCACCAGUGUCAACAAUGGAGAUGUCUCGGUGCCCCAAGUUCCCAUUACCGGCCAGGCAAACACUUCUGCUGCCGGAGUUUCGCCUGGGAAAUCAAACAAGCCGCUCCCUCAAACUCCCGUUGGCGCCCCUGGCAUCACAGCGUAUGGCGCGCCAACCAUCGGGCAACCCCUUGUUUCCGCAGUUGGGACACCAGUAAACCUUGCACCACCACCGCACAUGGCGUAUGGAGUUGGUGCCCCGAUUCUUGGGCCACCUGGCGUGGUUCCUGGUGCCCCGAUGAGCAUCCCCCCCAUGAGUUACCCGAUGCCACACAAGUGAAACCGAUAUAGAUAGGUUUGGAGUGGCUACAAUCUUGUCGAAUGUUCAGGAACAAGUAUCCCACGAACUCGAACACGGCUUCUUCAAUUAUUUCUAUUUAAUUUUCUUAUUGAGAUAUGAAAUAAUCCAUAGGAUUGAUCCUUCCAUCUGUAUAGGCAACUGUCGUGCUGUAGAACUAAAAUGAGGCUUUCUACAAAAGCCUCAAGAAACUUGUUCUGUAUGUGACAAUACUAAACUUAUUAAGACUUAUUAGUUCUAUGUUUUUGUAUCA